UUUUUAAUGAAUAUUACUAAAAUAAAACUUAUUUAUAUUUAAACAUUAUUAAUUUUGAGAUUGAAAAUUGAAAAUUUGAAACCAUAUAAUACAACCAUCCUUACCUUUUAAUUUUGAGAUGGAAAAGAUCUAGAGUUUUGCAUAAUUUGAUGAAUGUCUAUUUAAGGAACAAGGGAAAUUACUAUCAAUUUAGGACGUGUGAACUCCAAAUAUGUAUUGUGCAUUUAGGGGGACCGGUCUUCGAGACUUCACAACUGAAAAACCUGUCACCUGGUCCUCUGACAUGCACAUAUCGAUUAAGAAGAAACUGCAAAUUCAAAACCCUAAUCCAAUCCUUUCAGAGACGAAUGAGAUUACUUCCUCGCAUGAAUGAUCAAUUCUGGCUACCAUUAUAUAUUCCAACAUCAAGUCAUCAACCAUCUUCUUCUUCAAUUCAUUGAGAAAGGGCUGUCUCAGCAUUCUUUUCUGAUUGCCGAUUCUGCAGAAGCUUAACUUCUUCCGCACACAUAGGUUACAUGAUAAUCAACUUUUUCGCAAAGAUUGUUGCUUUCAUCCAUAGAAAGCCUUAAAUGUUUCAUAGCUUUAAUUUUUAUAUUCUGAAGCUCUCUAGGAAGCUAAAUGCUUGGGAUUACGGUUUGGAAUUGUGUUGGUUAGAAUUGCAUAAUGUCAGUGCGGCUGAAAUCAUUUCAGCACAAACAUGAGUGGUGAUUAGGGAUUUGGGAGACAGAAGAAGGAAUAGCAGAUAGAUGGGAAACAAAUGUGUUCAUGCAAAAAUCACAAAGAAUGGGAUCUUUCAUUCUCUCUUUUGGUGGGUCCCACCGCUCGAUAUGCUCACACCUGCUAAGAAAAAUGAAACAAGCUGUGAAGAAGAGGCAGAAGGUGCAAUUGUUCCAGUCCAGAACAACAAACCACCAGAAGUGGUUAGGAUGGAAAAGGAUGAGAAGGAGGGACAUCACACUGAGGAAGGCGAUACAGCCAAAAGAGGAAGCAGAAAGGAAAAGCCUUCGAAACCCCGAAAGCCCCACAAUGUGAAGAGAGCAGUCAGUGCUGGCCUGCAGGUAGACUCUGUGUUGAAGACCAAAACUGGACAUCUGAAGGACUUCUACCAAUUAGGGGAGAAACUCGGGCACGGCCAAUUCGGGACCACUUUCCUUUGUGUCGAGAAGGCGACUCGGGAAAAAUAUGCUUGUAAGUCUAUAUCAAAGAGGAAAUUGGUGACAAAAGAAGAUGUGGAAGACGUGAGGAGAGAAAUUGAGAUAAUGCACCACUUGGCCGGUCAUCCUAACGUCAUAUCUAUUAAAGGCUCAUAUGAGGACUCAGUGGCAGUUCAUUUUGUUAUGGAACUAUGUGUAGGAGGUGAACUAUUUGAUAGGAUUGUAAAGAGGGGGCAUUACUCAGAGCGGCAGGCAGCUGACCUCACUAGGACCAUAGUUGGUGUGAUACAAGCCUGCCACUCCUUGGGGGUCAUGCAUAGGGACCUUAAGCCUGAAAACUUCCUCUUUGUUAGUGAUGAGGAGGAUUCACCUCUCAAAACUAUUGAUUUUGGAUUAUCAACUUUUUUCAAACCAGGGGAAAUCUUCGAUGAUGUUGUUGGAAGUCCUUAUUAUGUUGCACCAGAAGUUUUGGGGAAACAUUAUGGUCAAGAGUGUGAUAUUUGGAGUGCUGGUGUGAUAGUUUACAUCCUCCUUAGUGGUGUUCCUCCGUUUUGGGGAGAAACUGAGCAAGACAUAUUUGAGGAAGUCUUGAGGGCUGAUGUUGACUUUAAAUCAGAACCUUGGCCUAAAAUUUCUGAUAGUGCUAAAGAUUUAAUAAGAAGAAUGUUGGUUAGGGAUCCUAAAAAGCGUCUAACUGCUCAUGAAGUUCUUUGUAAGUUACAAAUAUUUUGAGUAAUUUAUGUUCGAUGAAUCCGAUUACUCUUCAAAUUUCUAUAUUAAUUUUCCAUUGGAUGAAUCUAUUGCAUAUAGUUCCAUGGAUAUAAUCAAGUUGUGUUUAAUUUGAUUUUUAAACACAGAAGAAUGUGUUAUGCGGCACUUAGCAUGAUUUAUAAGAAAUAAUUCAACAUAUGGUUUAUAUUUAAACCUGGGUCCCAAAAUUCUUCCAUUGCUUUUGCUCGUACGCUUUUGAUCACUUUCAUUUAAAAAGGUGAUUUUAAGUUUUUUAAAUUACAUUUGCUAUAUUAAUGCACUUGUUAGUUGUUAAGAUCCGAAGUUCCAUCUCAAAAGAUCAACUUGGUAAAAGUAGUAGUCCAGAAUCUUAUAUAGUGCUUUAUUAUUUUAUGUACUUCUGGAGUGAGACAAAUACUUCAACAUGUACGUCCCUCAACCCAAAUUAGGCAGACAAUAUCGGGUGUAUAAAUGAGCUAAACAGACCCUUUAGUGAAUUACUCUUAAUCAUGGGUCCUAAAUAACAAUCAAACCAUAACCGGACUUGACUAUGAUAUCAUAUUAAGUCUUGAGGGUCACAUCCUAAAAUGUCAAUGUGAUAGGAGUAGUAGCCCAAAACCAUAUAUAGUAUUUAUUAUUUUGUAUAAUUUCGGUUUGAGACAAAUACUUCAACACUAAACACAACCCUAUAACAAACAUGCAAAUUCAUAUAUGAGGCAUUGAGUUACUCCAUCGGUCAUAUAUAAAAACACAAACUCACACAUGAGUUUUUGAGCUACCCCUUCUAUGUGCCAUCCAUGGGUGCAGAUUGAUGGGGUGGCCCCAGAUAAACCUCUCGACUCCGCAGUCUUAACUCGCUUAACACAAUUUUCUGCUAUGAAUAAGCUUAAGAAAAUGGCUCUAAGGGUUAUUGCAGAUAACCUUUCUCAAGAGGAAAUUGCAGGUUUAAAGGAAAUGUUCAAGGCAAUUGACACGGAUAAUAGUGGACAAAUUACAUUUGAAGAACUAAAAGAUGGACUAAAUAGAUAUGGUGCAAAUCUUAACGAGUCUGAGAUACAUGAUCUCAUGAAGGCUGCUGACGUGGACAAUAAUGGUACUAUUGACUAUGGGGAGUUUAUAGCUGCAAUGUUGCACAUGAACAAAGUCGAGAAGGAGAAUCAUUUAUUUGCAGCAUUUUCGUACUUUGACAAAGAUGGAAGUGGAUAUAUAACAGGUGAUGAACUUCAAAAAGCUUGUGAGGAAUUUGGCUUUAGGGAUGUCCUCUUGGAGGAAAUGAUUCGUGAAGCAGAUCGAGACAACGAUGGUCGCAUUGAUUACGACGAAUUUGUAGCAAUGAUGACUAAAGGGAAUGCAGAUUUAGGCCAGAAACGGUUAUAAAAUGAUCUAAAAUCAGCUUUAAGGAGGCAACACGGGCUUCUUGAUACAGCCAAUGGACUUUCUGUUUUGGCCUUCAUCUUUUGAGAAUGCUUGAUUGGUGGAUCUAGCCAUUUAUUGGUAAAUUGAGUAAAAACUAGAGUAUGCAACAAGUAACAGCCAUGCUUUUCUCAACGCAAAUGAUGGUGACUUUAUGUGUGGUAAGUGUGGUCAUGGUGCUCAAUCAAGCUGCUUAAAUCAAAGAAGUUUCAGCGUGAUUUAGCUCAUGAUUUAAUACUUGCAAAUUGUAAUUGACAAUGAUGGUUUAUCCUCCAUGAUUAUGAUGAUUUAUGAAUGAAUGAAAAAGAUGACGCAUCCAAAUUAUUGUUGAGCUUUCAAGUCCCAUGAUCAAACUUAUGCAUCAGGAGGACAAGUUUACAACUAUGAUCAUUAUUAAUUAUUAUAUGGGGCUAUGAUUCAUAAAUAGAUAUCUUAAAACAGAAUAUGUCUUUCCACAUUCUCCCAAUUGGUUGGUGAUGAUGUUGUGAUUGAGAUUACAGAUGGUGCCAGGGAUAGCUGGCAGUAGAGAUGGUCGCCAAUAAUGGCCAGGAACACCAACAUACUGGUGGUUUCCAAGUUCCAAAGGUUACGAGGGCAAAAUGUGGUGGCGGUGGCGGUGGCGGUUGAUUAGAGUAUAGUGCUAUCACGUUAAUUGUAAACUUGUUGAUGUUGGUGGAAGUUGACUUUUAUGGUAGCAAACUAGUAACCAACAAUGGAAGAUAAUGCCUAUAUUUUAGGGUGGUGGGGACUCAUGAGGUGGGUUGACGAUGGUGGUGGUUCAAAGCCGUCACCAUGGCUAUGGUGACAGAUUCAAUCUAUUCAAGGGCUUUUAUGUCAACAACCAAUUUUUUGAAAAUAAAAUGCAUAGAUAAACGCGCAUAGUUGAUGUAAUAGUAAUAGUGUAUUAGUGUAUAUGUUUCCAAGUACUAUCGGAGUAGUAUUUUACACUUAAACUUUUAAUCCUAAUUGCUUGUUUUCUAUUGUUGGAAAAG